AUGAUUGGUUGAGGAGCAGGGAUGGGUUGAGUUUAAUUGAAAGGGCAAAAACAUUGGUGGAUGCUAAGCGAACAAAGCGUCAAAAAAUUACAACCACUCCAAAAAUUCAAGGAAAUACACAAUGGAAAAACCAAUCAGCUGAUCAAUACCAAUUUAGUUCCUUGAAGGAACCAUUUUCUAAAACCAUGGAAAAAUCCUCUUUGGAGAUUCCAAGCAAUAACUCUUCUUUUUUAAUGGAUCUGUUGGUUAAAGCUCAUGAAACUUUAGAAUUAAAGACCCCUUAUGAAAAACGGCUUUGUUUACUGUGGGAGGAAUUUGCAACCUUUUGCAAGAUUCAUAGUUUAGCUGCUUGUCCAGCUUUACCAAUACUCAUCUUCCUCUUAUUACCUAAUAGUGAAAUAUAUUUUAUUAAUCUUAGAGUAGUACCCAACCCUCGAUUCUCGGCUAACCUUCGUCUCAGACAACUAGAUAGUUGA